UCGAAUUAUAGACUAGAGUCUAGAUCUAGACUCUAUAUCUCGAUUAUUGGAAUUAGCGGAAGUGUAAAAUGAAAUCGAAAGUGAAACAACUACAAGUAAUUCAUAUUCAGAAAGUCAAUAAAUAAUUGAACAAAAAAACAAAAUUAUAACCAUGCCAUUUAAAUUUUCUUUUUCUAUUUUAAAAAGCAUUUUGAUAAUUCAAAUUUGCAAAGUUUACCCAUCAGUUGGGCAUGAGACUAAAUCCUCUAAACCAAAUGUUCUGUUUGUGGUGAUUGAUGACCUCCGACCUACUCUUGGAUGCUAUGAUUAUGACGAAGCUGUUCUUCACACGCCUAAUGUGGAUAACCUGGCCUCAAAAUCCAUCUUAUUUGAGCAAGCCUUUGUCCAACAAGCCAUAUGUGGGCCCAGCAGAGUUUCUUUCCUAACAAGUCGUCGACCUGACACAACACGAUUGUAUGACUUUUACUCCUACUGGAGGGUUCACGCUGGAAACUUUACAACACUGCCGCAACAUUUUAAAGAAAAUGGUUACAUUACCCAGUCUAUUGGCAAGGUUUUUCACCCAGAUCUGGCCUCUAACUACAGUGAUGACUCGCCAUACAGCUGGACUAACCCACCCUAUCACCCGUCUACUGAGAAAUAUAAAAUGUCAAAGGUGUGCCCCAACACAGAUGGUUCUCUGGGCAUGAACAUUGUCUGCCCUGUUGAGCUGGACCAGAUGCCCGAGGGAACAUUGCCAGAUAUCCAGUGCGCAGAUUUUGCUGUUGAGUUUUUAAAGAACAUGACGACAGAGGAGAAGCCUUUCUUCCUUGGUGUUGGAUUCCAAAAGCCCCACAUCCCGCUGAAAUAUCCUCAGGACUUCCUAGACUUAUAUCCACUCUCCAAAAUAAGACUAGCCAGACAUCACACUUAUCUGCCACGGAUGCCUCUUGUUGCAUGGAAUCCAUGGACAGAUUUAAGAGAGCGAGACGAUGUACAGAAACUGAACAUAAGUUUUCCUUUUGGGCCGGUCCCAACAAAUUACCAGCUUCUGAUGAGACAGAGUUACUACGCCGCCACAUCGUACAUGGACUCACAGCUUGGCAGAGUUUUGUCUGCCCUGGAGAAAUACGGAUUUGCAGAUAACACAAUCAUAUCUUUUAUUGGAGAUCAUGGUUGGGCACUGGGUGAACACCAAGAGUGGUCCAAGUACAGCCUGUUUGAUGUGGCAGCCAGGGUUCCUAUGAUCAUCUACAUCCCAGGACUUACCCACACAAGGCAGCACCAAGAGGAAACUAUUUUUCCCUUCUUCAAUCCUUUACAAUAUGUUCACAAGGAACACACACAACCUGGGACAUGGUUAGAGCCUGUCAGCGAUGAGAAAUUAAAAUUUAGGUCUGAGCAUGAAAUGAGAAAUUUAAUUCCAGAAGAUGUCAAGCAAAAUGUUACUGGGUCAGUUCCUGAUGGUGUUCAGGAGAAGGGUGUUCAGCAAAAGGGAUUUAAAACUUCAGCUCUGGUUGAGUUAGUGGACUUGUUUCCCACCUUAGCUGAACUGGCAGGUUUACCAACACUUCCAUUAUGUCCUGAAAAUCCUUUCAGCACCUGGCUAUGCACAGAGGGUAUGAGUUUAGUCCCUUUGAUUGAGAACGUCACAAAAACUCAUGUUACAGAAUUUGACCCAACUAUCCAAAGAGAUAAAUACUUGUCUACCAAUACUGAUGAAGCUGUUAAUGUUAAGGGAUGUAAUUCUGAAUCUUAUGAAAAGAUAACUAUUGAGAAAUUAGCAUCAACAUGUCAUCCAAAUUUUACCUCAAUGGCUGUUAGCGACAAGUGGAAAAAAGCAGUUUUUAGUCAGUACCCUCGGCCAUCAGUGGAACCACAGGAGGAUAGCGACAAGCCCCACCUUAAGGACAUCCGCAUCAUGGGCUACAGCAUGUGGACCCAGGACUUCCAUUACACGGAGUGGGUCGGGUUCCUGCCUGGUAACUAUUCCAUUCUCUGGCAGGACCUCUACGGGCAGGAGCUUUACCUGCGGAUGCUUGACCCGUAUGAAGUUCACAACAUUGCCUCGUUCAAACAUUGCUCUGGCCUGGUCAGAUUUUUGUCUGACCAGUUACACAAGGGCUGGAGGGCAGCCCUGCCCCAUUAGUUAUUUACCUUACAGUCAGAUACAUGCUGUAUUGAUAAUUAAAAGAAG